AUGUCGACGAUACCGUUCCUUCCUCCUUCGCUGGAGAUUGUGAAUACCUGGGCAGAAGGGAUAUGGGAAUAUCUCACUCUUCCGGUGGUAUUAACUUUAGUCGUGGGGAUUUUGAUCGUUGACGUUGGGGUUUUAUACAUCCUCCUCUUAUUAGUAACGCACAACCCACGACCGGAGACCGAAUCGGAAAAGCAUUAUAUAACGGUUACAUCCGAUGGUAAACAAAAGGGUGGAAUUAGGUUACCUGAUUUAUUAGAUGAAAAAGUCGAACCUGAUGUUUUCAUGUCGGUUGUUGUGCCGGCUUAUAAUGAGGAAUUGAGGAUUGAGAUGAUGUUAGAUGAGGCGGUUGAGUUUUUGAAUCAAGAGUUUCCGAAGGGUUCUAGUGGGAGGAAAGCGGUGAAUGGGAAGGCGAAUGGAUACGCUAACGGACAUGCGAAUGGGCACAUUAACGGGGAGAGGGAGAAGAAGAAAGGGUGGGAAAUUAUCAUUGUUGAUGAUGGAAGUAAAGAUAAGACCACCGAGGUUGUGGUGGAGUGGAUGAAGAAGAGGGUUGAGAAGAGAGAGGUUGAGGAAGGCGAUUUGAGGAUUGUGCAUUUGGAGAGAAAUAGAGGGAAGGGUGGGGCUGUUGCUCAUGGAAUGCGCCACAUCCGCGGUCAAUACGCCGUCUUCGCCGACGCCGACGGCGCCACCAAAUUCUCCGACCUAAAAACACUCCUCGCCCGUCUCCAAUCCAUCGAAUCAAGCCGUGCAUCCCCCACCACCCCCUCCAAAACCGAGUACCACGGAAUUUCAGUCGGUUCCCGAGCACAUAUGGUCAACUCCUCAGCAGUCGUAGCCCGUUCAUGGUACCGUAACCUCUUGAUGUACGGUUUCCACACCUUCCUCCACGUCAUCGGAAUCCAAAAGAUUAAAGAUACACAAUGUGGGUUUAAGUUGUUUACGAGGGAUACAGCUAGAUUGGUGUUCUGGGAGGGACAUUGCGAAGGUUGGAUAUUUGAUAUUGAGUGUUUGUUGAUUGCAGAGGAAGAGAAGGUGGGGGUUGAGGAGGUUAGUGUUACUUGGCAUGAGGUGGAGGGUACGAAGAUGAAUCUAGUAAAGGAUAGUAUUAGAAUGGCAUGGGAUCUUGUGGUUUUGAGGGCUGCAUAUGCAGUUGGAGUCUAUGGUGGGGUUAGGAGGGGGUGGAGGAGGGGUUAG